AUGUCUACUCUUGUACCUCAGCCGCUGGGAAACGCUGCAAAGAAGCAUACCUCAUGGCGGACUUAUCUCCUCCAGGGUCAGCCUCUCGACCCCGAGUCCAGUCUCGAGCUCAACAAACUGUGCGAAUACUGCCAAGCGAUCUGGACGCAGUCAAUUGUGUCGAACGACUUGCGGUGGUGUGACAUUAUCCGCAUCACGCCUAUCGCGUAUACAGAUUUCUUGCUCGUCUGCUCCAGCGGGGACCACACAGAUUCGGGCAAGUCAGCAUUACUCGUGAACUAA